AUGCUGUCUACAACUCUCCUUCAGACGGUCCUCGUCCUUGCGGGCGUCAGCUCUGUGACUGCCUCGCCUCUCGACCUGUCCUUGGAACAUUAUGAGGUCCUGGCGAUGCGCGCCUCGACUACCGUCGACCCCAACGCUGUCACGAAUGUCGAAUGUACAGAUGCAAACGUCAACAUCGUCUUUCACGACCAAAACGUGGCCGAACUCGGCAUCUGCGGCGGUAUAGCCGGAUCCAUUACCAAGUGCGGCGGGGCUCCAGAGAGUACGACGGGCGAGUCGGGCACGGCACUAUUCACUCUGAACGCGGCAACGAGCGGCGCGACAAUUAACAUCUCCAAGGGCAGAUGGGAGGGCUGUAUCCGUGCUGCGAGAGCCGUGUGUCCGACGGGAAGCAUCAGUGGAACUUGUGUUGGCGGUGCUUCGACUGGAAAUGUCGACUUCACCCUCGACAACCCGUAA